AUGGUGCUUAUUUGUCCCCGAAUUCAUUUCUUCGAGAUCAAUGAUCAACACUGGUUCCCUCAAUACCUCCGCGAAAAAGUCCAAUCCUGUCUUACCCUCUGCUGGACCUUCCGAGUCCCCAUUAUCCAACCCUCUUCUCCCGCCCAACUAGUCGCCACAACCCUUUCUCGAGCCCUCUCAGAUAAAGUUACAUCCUACACUUAUGUAGAUUUCUGUGCCGGGGCCGGUGGUCCCACGCCCUACAUUGAGGUGUACAUGAAUGAGCAAUUGAACUCCUCAACCUCUACCUCUUUCCCCUCCAACCCAUCAAAAUCCUCAUCGGUAGCCACGCCUGAAGUUUCCUACGCCGAGGUUGCAGCCGCGCCAAAAGACGAAAUCAAUGGACUUAAACAACGAUCGUCGCAUCCUGUUAAUGCGGAUGAUAAACAUCAAAAAGUACAAUUUGUAUUAACAGAUUUACAUCCACAUAUCCCGGACUGGACGGAAGCUUCAAAACGCAGCGAGAAUCUCAAUUUUAUAUCUGAAUCUGUCGAUGCAGCGAAUGCGCCAAGAAAUCUAUUGAAGAAUGUCAAUGGUGUCAAUGGAGAGACCAAGGUGUUCAGACUAUAUAAUCUAGCCUUUCAUCAUUUCGAUGACGAGUUAGGGAGUAAGAUAUUGAAGAACACGGUUGACACCGCCGAUGGUUUUGGUAUAUUCGAACUCCAAGAACGUACCUUCUCCUCCCUAAUCACCAUGUUUGCCAUGGGCAUAAUGAUUCUCGGCAUAACUCCCUUUUAUUUCUGGCGUUCACCAGGCCAUCUAUUUUUCACAUAUAUUAUUCCCAUUAUCCCAUUCGUAUUGGUGUUUGAUGGGAUUAUUAGUUCGUUGAGGACGAGGAGUGCGGACGAAGUGGAGGCACUGAUGAGGAGGAGUGGGGUUGAUACGCAGGAGUGGAAGGUGUCGAGUGGAAGGGAGAGACAUACGUGGCCGACGGGCUAUAUGACUUGGGUUAUGGGAAUUAAGGAGUAG